AUUUUUAAACGGACAGAUGAUAUCCUCUGCGAUACAUAUAUGCAAUUUUGAAUCAGUUGAACUUUUCGACAAUUUACGAACUCAACCACUCGUAGAACAACCGCUGUAAACAAAAACAACUUUAUUUGCAAAGACACGUGUGCAAUGAUUAUUAUAUUUACUUUUAAUAAAUAUUCCGUUUGCUCACAUUUUAAAGAUUCUUGAACGUUAAACUCAUUCUGUAUUAUUCAUAUUUUUCUGUAUAUUCUGGAAUAGUAUAUAUAAUGGCUGAUUGUUCUGAAGAAACCAAUAAAUCUUUGCAAGCUGAUGAAGUUCAAGCUCUCUCAGCUAUAUAUGAAUUAGAUUGGGUGACAGAAAAUCUUGUUCAAAAUGCUUACAGCAUAAAAAUAUCAGAUGGUGCAAAUAACAUAGUUUACUUUAAAGUCACUCUUCCUGAAUCAUAUCCACUAGACUCUCCACCAAUUUAUGAAUUAAGUGCACCGUGGAUGAAUAGAAUUGUUAAACAAAAUUUGUGUUCUGCUUUAGAAGAUGUUUACUGCCAAAAUAUUGGUAGAAGCAUAAUCUACUUGUGGAUUGAAGCUAUUCGAAAUUUUAUAAAUACUGACACAGUUGUUGAUGAGGAUUCUAUCAAACUAGACGAUUUGAAUCAGUCUCUAGUGUAUGAUGUAGAGUCUUUUUCAAGUGAUGUCAAAGAAAGUGCAAUCACAUUCUUUGAAGCACCAUCUAUUGAACAUGGCCAGCCCAUAAUUGACCGAAAAAGUGUCUUCCAAGCUCACAUUUCACGUGUUGUUUCUGUGGAACAAGUAAAUCAUGCUUUACAGAAAUUGAAAGAAAAUAGAAAAAUAGCAACAGCCACUCAUAAUAUAUAUGCUUAUCGGAUAUCUUGUGGUGAUGGGAAAACCUUUAUACAAGAUUGUGAGGAUGAUGGAGAGACAAAAGCUGGUUCUGGUCUACUCCAUUUGCUUCAGAUAUUGGACGUGAGUAAUAUUCUUGUUGUUGUUUCAAGAUGGUAUGGAGGUGUUCAUCUUGGACCAGAUCGUUUCAAGCACAUCAAUAAUGCUGCAAGAACCCUCUUGUCCGAAACAGGGUUAAUAUCAGAGGCACAAGUCACAGGCAUACAAAAAACGCACUUAAAUUUGAGGAUCUGGAAAAUGCAUCAUCCCCUCCAGAAAGAAUCUAACGAAAGAUGUAAAAAUUUUAUUAACAAAUCUGUCGUUAAUUAUUUUGUUGAGUGCUAGCAAGCUCGAUCCACUUAGGCACCAUUAGAUAGUCUUGUCACUGAAGUGAUUAUACUAAUUUGGCAGGAAUUCCUAGUGUAGCCCCGCCUCGGAUGCCAGACAAAGUUAGAGAUUGCUACACAGUUUCUAGAUGCACAGUUGAUU